AUGCCUCUCGUCGAAGUCAUCCCAAACAAUGCUACAUCAACCGUCGCCCCCCGCUGGACCUACGUAGUCGACACCGGCUACGAUCCCUCCAAAGUGGCCUUCAACCCCAAAGACCGCAAACGCGUCCCCGCACGUCCAGGAGGACCGCGGGGGGAUACGGAGCUUUCAGCACGCCAGCAAACAGCGAUCGCACGGAGGAUAGCAGAGUUAUCGAGGGACAAUGACCCUAAGCAGGUCAUAGCCAUUCCGUGGAAAGGCGCUGCAGCAAAAACACAGAACACAAGGCGGAUCCUACAGUACCAGAGACAGAUCAAGCACUGGUUGGACGACGAGGAAGCUUUACUCCAGCAGGCACCUCCGCCUAGGGCGCCCGCGGCUACCGGAAGGGCUGCCGCUUUGCGAAGACGGAGCACACUCGCCUCGAUACCUCCCACACCUGCAGAAGCGACGACGGCAGAAGCGACACCAGCACCUACUGCAUACGCGCCGCAGCCCAAUCCUGAGCUCGACUCGAUCCUCUCGGUGGAGAAGUCCAGACCCGCCCCUCUCAACCCCGCAGAGCUCGAAGCGUUGCUAUCCGCUCCUCCGCUGCUAUACGGCGAGUCGCAUGCGACACUUGGGGCGGGAGGGCCACCGCAGCGGCGCUUCUGUGAUAACUGCGGGUACUGGGGAAAGAUCAAAUGCUUGAAGUGCGGCGCGAGGAUAUGUGGGUUGGAGUGUAAAGAUGCUCAUGAGGCCACGCGCUGCUUGAAGUGGGCCUGA